UCCCGGUGCUGAAGCCCCAAGCGCUCAUCAUCCACCACUACCAUGUAAGGGCCAUGAAAAGGGCUCGUCCUGGCACAGCGCGGACAUGGAGGAGGACUUAUUCCAGCUCAGGCAGCUGCCGGUGGUGAAAUUCCGUCGCACAGGUGAGAGUACAAGGUCAGAGGACGACACGGCUUCAGGAGAACAUGAGGUCCAGAUUGAAGGGGUCCGUGCGGGCUUAGAGGCUGUUGAGCUGGACGAUGGGGCAGCUGUGCCCAAGGAGUUUGCCAAUCCCACUGAUGAUACUUUCAUGGUGGAAGAUGCGGUGGAAGCCAUUGGGUUUGGAAAAUUUCAGUGGAAGCUGUCUGUUCUCACCGGCUUGGCAUGGAUGGCUGAUGCCAUGGAGAUGAUGAUCCUGAGCAUCCUGGCACCACAGCUGCAUUGCGAGUGGCGGCUCCCCAGCUGGCAAGUCGCAUUACUGACCUCGGUGGUCUUUGUAGGCAUGAUGUCCAGCUCCACGCUCUGGGGAAAUAUCUCAGACCAGUACGGCAGGAAAACAGGGCUGAAGAUCAGCGUGCUCUGGACUCUGUACUACGGCAUCCUCAGUGCUUUUGCACCCGUGUAUAGCUGGAUCCUGGUGCUCCGGGGCCUGGUGGGCUUUGGGAUCGGAGGGGUCCCCCAGUCGGUGACGCUGUAUGCUGAGUUCCUUCCCAUGAAAGCCAGAGCUAAGUGUAUUCUGCUGAUUGAGAUCUUCUGGGCCAUCGGCACAGUGUUCGAGGUCAUCCUGGCUGUGUUCGUGAUGCCCAGCCUGGGCUGGCGUUGGCUGCUCAUCCUCUCGGCUGUCCCGCUGCUCCUCUUUGCCGUUCUGUGUUUCUGGUUGCCAGAGAGUGCAAGGUACGAUGUGCUGUCGGGGAACCAGGAAAAGGCAAUUGCCACUUUAAAGAGGAUAGCAACAGAAAACGGAGCCCCCAUGCCACUGGGGAAACUCAUUAUCUCCAGACAGGAAGACCGAGGCAAAAUGAGGGACCUUUUCACACCCCACUUCAGAUGGACAACUUUGUUGCUGUGGUUUAUAUGGUUUUCCAAUGCAUUUUCUUACUAUGGAUUAGUUCUACUCACCACAGAGCUCUUCCAGGCAGGGGAUGUCUGCAGCAUCUCCAGCCGGAAAAAGGCAGUAGAGGCAAAAUGCAGCCUGGCCUGUGAGUACCUGAGCGAGGAAGAUUACAUGGACCUGCUGUGGACCACCCUCUCUGAGUUCCCAGGUGUCCUUGUGACACUGUGGAUUAUUGACCGCCUGGGUCGCAAGAAGACCAUGGCCCUGUGCUUCAUCAUCUUCUCCUUCUGCAGCCUUCUGCUGUUCAUCUGUGUUGGAAGAAAUGUCCUCACUCUGCUACUCUUCAUUGCAAGAGCGUUUAUUUCUGGAGGCUUCCAAGCAGCCUAUGUUUACACACCUGAGGUCUACCCCACGGCAACGCGGGCUCUGGGCCUGGGUACCUGCAGUGGCAUGGCAAGAGUGGGUGCUCUCAUCACUCCGUUCAUUGCCCAGGUGAUGCUGGAAUCCUCUGUGUACCUGACCCUGGCAGUUUACAGUGGCUGCUGCCUCCUGGCUGCCGUGGCCUCCUACUUUUUGCCCAUUGAGACCAAAGGCCGAGGACUGCAGGAGUCCAGCCACCGGGAGUGGGGCCAAGAGAUGGUCGGCCGAGGGAUGCAUGGCCCAGGCGUCACCAGAUCGAACUCUGGCUCUCAAGAAUAGUGACCAGAGUGGGGCUGAACUGGUCUUUGAGGCUGUAGAGCACAGGGAGCUGGCGGAGCCUGGCUGGGACACCGAUCGUCACUGCCGACAUCAAGAACUCGCCCAAGAGUAUGAACUGGACUGACAGGGUUUUGUGUCUUGACUCUGUUUGCUUGUAUUCAUUGAGAUCCACUCCGGGAUGGGGAGGUGUUUGCUCUGGGGGGUUCUUGGUAUGUGUGGGGGAAGGUUUGUUAAUAACCUCUGGAUCUGCAUGAGAAAACUACCACAUUAGGAGGGUCCAGUGAUGCCAGCAGCCAACCAGACGCCAUCCAGAGUUACCCUGUCACACCCUCAGUGAACAACAACCAAAAGAUCUCUGUAGAUACAGUCCAGGCCCACACACAUGAGACACCUGCCAUCCACCAACUGGACCUGUUCUAUAGGUUUCACCUACACCCCGGCCCCAGGCUUUCUUCUUGGAAAUUGCAGGUGACCAAGUGUGGCCUGAGCAGUUUUUUCUUGAGUCAGAGAAACACUCCUUUCCUCGGCAGGGGCCCCUCUGUUUUCCUCCCCAGGGCCUGACUGGGGGAGACUCUGGCAGAUGGACAUGUAUUUGAGCUUGAGCCACAUGCCCCCACCUGGCCCUCUCUGGGGUUGCUGUCCCUGCUCCGGGGAUCCAAAUGUGUCCCCAGGGUCAGCUGGGCUUGCACCAGAUGACAACCUCAGAAAGCUGUUACCCCACUCCCACUCCCGGAAACGGGACUGAGACCAAAGGAGGUGAAGAUGGAGCCCAAAGCCAAAGCAGGGGGCUCCCCUUCUGAAGCAGCAAGGGCUACGCAGGGACUUCUUUUCUGGCCCCCUCCUUGGUCAGGCUGAAUGAUGACUUGGGGAAAGAAAACCGUUUACUUAUGUGUCAGGGCUUUGGAUCUUGUGCACAGUUAGAUGGUGGAAUGGGUUAGAAACUGGAAGAAUCCUACACCACCACCUCCCCAGCCUCCACUCCCACCCUCAUAGGGGUCAGGGACCAGGAAUCCCUGAUGCAAAGCUGCCCCUCUGUCAAGGGUUAGCCUGGUCUUUACACAAAGGCAGCCCUGGGGUUCCAGUGACGGCGCCUGCAGCAGGGAUGCCAUGGAGUCGGCGGGGAGGGGGGCAGAUGUGUGGAAUGUGUACACUUUCAAAGGAGGAGGGGGAGGCCAGUGGGGUUUGGGGUUGGCCUUAGGAGGAAGGAAGGGCUGGAGCUGCGUCUCAGCAGACUACAUCCACUUCCAGGAUUUGGUUUACACAAGCCUUUUGCCCAUGGUGAAGGCCAGAGACCUAGAGAAGGCAGGAGGAAGCUGCCAGAUCCCACCAAAGGCCAGAGAAGACCAAUCCUCAGCUUGAGGUAAACAUUGCAAGGAGGCCAGAUGUGUGUGUUCAUCUCUUAUUAAAACGUGUCAGUGACAGACA